AUGAGUGAGUCACGGGAUCCACGACGCUCCCUCGGGGACUCUCUCCUGUCAUCUGAGGACGAGGGGGCCACCGCAAACCCGCAACGCCCAUGGAAGCCGCUCGGCGGUCGCGAGACCCCCACCACGGAGUAUGCAUACCUCCCACCGACUGACAAUCAUGGAAGCUUCUCUGAGGAAGUUCUUCGCGAGGUUGGAUUGGGUAUAACCGAGACGCCAGAUGAAGCGCUUCAUCGUCACGAAGAGACAGCGCUCGUCUCCAAGGAACAACCCUCCAGCAUCGCUACCGCCGAAGAAUGUUCGCCAACGCUGUUUGACUCCCCGGCUGCGACACUAUGCCCUCAGUCACCAAGAAAUUGUCCGACUCGGGCCACCGUGUUACAAAGCCGCUUCUCGUGGAUUCCAGUGACAAUCUUCGUACUCGCACUCUACGCCACGGUCUUCUCGGGAAUCUAUCUCGUGAUCGCGAUUCGAAAACCAAGGUGGGAUAGCAUAGGCAGCCGAGGCUCUCUCGCCCCCUCCACGGCCAAUCUGCUAUGCGCAUUAUUUGCAAAGACGAUCGAGCUGGCAUACGUCACAAUAUGCGUGGCCUUUCUCGGGCAAGUGCUGAGUCGCCGAGCACUGAUGAAAGAUUCGCGAGGAAUCAGCAUCUCAGACAUGAAUAUGCGAGCAUGGAUCAUGCAGCCGGGUUCGAUGCUCGUGCAUUGGGAGACUCUUCGAUAUUCAGCUCUGACUUUCUUGGGAGCGAUCGCGCUGGUUGCGACAUUCGUGGCAAUGAUGUACACCACGGCGGCCGAAGCUCUUGUCUCGCCAAAGCUGAUACUGGGACCGGUAACAGACACCAGGCUAUCUGGCAAAAUCCAGACGAGCUUUGCCAACGUUCGUUACCUUGCGCUGAAAUGCCAAAGCCCAAUCCCACGCUCCAUGGACGAGGCCAGCUAUAAUGAGACCUGUCUUCAGAUCCUUCACGCGGGACAGUCAUACCAUAAUUAUGAGCAGUGGAUCAGUUCAUGGGCAAAUUUGCAGCAAAGAGGCGGCUCGGCAUCAACUCGCCAAACAGACCGACCCAAGCCCACAGGCUCGAUGUGGGACAAUACCACUCUAAGCGGAAGUUGGAUCGAAGUACAAGACAUGGCGGUGCAGUCGAAAGCCUUUGGCCGCAUGAUCAAUAACAUCACCAUGGCGAUGCCACACGGGGGGAUUCCCAUCGCAGCAAUGGAUGCAGACAAUAAGAUCAGCCAGCCGCAAGAUGCCUCGGGUGAAGGCAAAUACGUUCUGAAAGCCUCUGUACCAUCGCCCGCAGUGAAUGUGCUCUGUGUGGGUAUGAAUGAGACGGAGUUGGCACCACUGGUCUAUAACCAGUGGCCUAACAGCAAUUUCGAUGCCAGCACGUGGAGCUUCUCGCCACCGAAUGACAUACCUGUAUCUCCUUCUUUGUGGAACAAGACCGUUGUCGACGACAUCUUUGGCUUUGGCGAAAAAUACAAUCAACAGCCUCCUAUUUUUGGUAAACUACCAAUGGCGUACAACACGAUCUUGAACACAACGGGACGCUGGCCAACGAGUUCCAUUUACCUUGUGGGCCACACGAGCGUGUCUCAUCCGCAGUAUGUGAUGUGCGGUAUGCGCGCGAAACUCACGGGUGUUUGUUCCACUCAGUACACCGCUGCCUCUAGUGGUGCCUCUUUGAGCACUAAUUGCGAGAACGGUACCGACUUUCUAAGAUACGAUCGAUUCCACAACGACUUUGUUGAAGGCACAUGGCAGCCAGAUUGGAAAAAUGUGGCCGACGUCUGGGCCAGCGCCCUCAGUCUGGGCUCUGGAAUCACCGAUGGACAAGCGAGCAAUGAGCGCCUACUCAUGCAACUGAUGCCGGCAUACGACCCGGCGACGAAGACCUACUCGCUCAAUUCGUCGCUGCCGACUGUGGGAGAAGCGCUUGCUGUCAUGGCUGGCAGCACAUUGAUUCUGUCGUCGCAAGACUCUCCAUUUGUGCAUUACUAUGAAUACAAUCAGACCAUUUUGCCCACACCUCAGAGACAAAGCUUUCAAGCCUCCCUCCAGGCAGUUGGCUAUGCUUCCGGUGGUACCAAGCGUUGGCAAGGCGUAUUUUACGUCAUUCUUAUAUUUGCAUUUCUCACGUCGUUCAUUUGCCUUGCAUUCGUCAUCAUCGAGGCACGCGGUCAUCAAAUCACAGACUUCACGGAGCCACAGAAUCUCUUUGCAAUUGCAGUCAAUAGCCCUCCAUCCUCCCAGAUCCACGGCGCAUGUGGAGGUGGGCCUGUUGGGCCGCAGAUGAAGGAGAGAUGGCACAUUAGCAUGGAAGAAGCAGAUGCCCAUUACUACAUUCACGCCGAGAACGAUAAUCAAGGUCCAUUUGGGUCGCCGCGGACGACAGCCUACCAAGGCCUUGGCCAAAUGGACAUUGAAGAUUCCAUCAGUGAGAUCAAACCGUUCAGUCCAGCUGUAAAUGAAUUUCGUCGGGUCUCGAAACGGUCCUCGCUGCUGGCAAAACUUUAUUGA